GUUGUGUUUCAGGGCCAGUUUUGUGAUUACUGCAAUGCUGCUGAUCCCAGCAAAGCUCACCCCAUAACCAAUGCCAUUGAUGGCACUGAGCGCUGGUGGCAAAGCCCCCCUCUUUCCAUGGGAUUGAAGUACAACGAAGUCAAUGUCACCUUAGACCUGGGGCAGCUCUUCCAUGUUGCCUAUAUCCUUAUCAAGUUUGCAAAUUCUCCUCGUCCAGAUCUCUGGGUGUUGGAAAGAUCAGUGGACUUUGGAAAAACUUACACUCCCUGGCAAUAUUUUGCUUACUCGAAAGCAGAUUGCUUGGAGCGCUUUGGAAAGGAAGCAAAUCUUCCUGUGAGGGGCGACAGCGAUGUCCUGUGCACCACCGAGUACUCUCGCAUUCUGCCUCUUGAAAAUGGAGAGAUUGUAGUAUCUUUGGUAAAUGGCCGCCCGGGAGCAAAAAACUUCACUUACUCACCUGGUCUUCAAGACUUCACAAAGGUGACAAACAUCCGCCUCCGUUUCCUCAGAACUAAUACUCUUCUUGGACACUUGAUAUCCAAAGCUCAGCGGGACCCCACUGUAACUCGUAGAUAUUACUACAGCAUAAAGGACAUCAGUAUUGGGGGUCGAUGUGUUUGCCAUGGCCAUGCUGAUGAAUGUAAUCCAAAGAGUGCUGAAAACCAACACCAAUUUCAGUGUGAAUGUCAGCAUAACACUUGUGGGGAAACCUGUGAUCAGUGCUGCCCUGGAUAUAAUCAGAAACAGUGGCAACCUGCAACAGCUGGGAGCACCAACAUAUGUGAACCCUGCAAUUGCCAUGGACAUGCCACUGACUGCUACUAUGAUGCUGAUGUUGAUCAGCGUCGAGAAAGCUUAAACAUCCAUGGGCAUUAUGAAGGUGGAGGAGUCUGCAUUAACUGCCAGCAUAACACGGCUGGGAUUAACUGUGAGAAGUGUGCAAAAGGUUACUAUCGUCCUUAUGGUGUUCCAGUGAGCGCUCCGGAUGGUUGUAUACCCUGCAGUUGUAACUUGGAGCACGCAGAUGGCUGCGAGGAAGGAUCUGGCCGCUGCUUCUGUAAGCAGAAUUUCCAGGGAGACCACUGUGAGAGCUGUGCUGAUGGAUUCUAUGGUUAUCCAUUUUGUGUCUAUGCUCCUGUAUAUCCUUCUACUUCUUCAGUUCCAGGAGAUGCUGUGGCUGGUGACAUAAUAGAAGUAGGCUGCAAACCAGGGUAUUUUGGCCCCCAGUGUCUGUGUAAUUGA